CUUCAUCAACCAUAUCGCAAUUCUACAACAACUGACCACCACCCCUCCCCGAUGGUAUGGUCCGGGCAUGAUGGACGCCCCCGCGCCGCCGCCCUCCUCCUCUUCCUUCUCCGCUGCCCACUACUUUCCGGCACGGCGCCGGGUGUGGCAGGCUUGCACCAACUGCCGGGCCCGCAAGACACGCUGCGAUGCCGCGAAGCCCAAGUGUAGCUUGUGUAUGGCGCAGGAUGUCGAGUGCAUCUACCGCGACUCGAACCAGCCGCGCAUCGAGCAGAACACGAGGAUCCUGCUGGAGCGCAUCCAGAUGCUCGAGGACCGUCUCUUCUCCUCGCCAGUCUUUACGGUACAACAACAGACGCAGCAGCAGCCUGCGAGCAUAUCCCCGCCGCCCCAAGCCGCGCGGCAUCCAACAACGCCGGGAUCGGCACCGGCGUCGGGGUCGCGAACGCAGACUGUGGCAACACAUGAUGCACAUGAUGCACAUGAUGCCCAUGAUGAAAGAGGCCGUCCCGGACAGGAAGACGCUGGGAACGCAAUCCAAUCGGAUGGAAGCUCUCAAAUCCCUAUCCCCCUAUCCCACACGGCGAAUGCCAACCAUGUGUUUGAGUGGCCCAUCGUCAAGCAGUUGUUGUCGGAGAUGGAAGAAUUCUCCUCACCAACGCCACCGCCGCUGCCACUGCCGUCAGCGAUACCGGGAGGGGUGCGGUUCACAGAAGCUACCGACGUCUUUUUCCACGGGGGAUCACACGAGGAACAGUUCAGGUUCCCUCCAGAGUCGUGGAGGCUCUUCCAAGACCGCAGUCUCCCCGUCUCCAUCGACGCGGCUGAUCGGUAUCGAAAGGCGAUCCACGAAUACUUCGCCGAGGUCAACAUCUUCUUUCCGCUGCUCGCGCUGGAGGACGUAGUAGCAACAUUCGACGAAGUAGUCGCCUCGGAGCAGACUGCCGGGACGCAUGUGUCGCCUCUGGUUGCGCCCUCGAGGUACUGCUUGCUGCUCCUCGUCCUGUGCCUGGGGUCGUUCGUCUGCACCGGCGCGAAUCGCAUCUCGCUUGACGAGACAGCGGGCCGGAGUGGAGGACAGCACCAUCGGCCCUCGGGCUCGAGCAUAUUCGCAGACUUCCCCGGACUUGACGAGCUGUUGUGGCGCAAGUCGAGAUUGCUUCUCGGGUUCGUUUCGUCCGAGAUCACCCUCGAGGCAGCACAAUGCACGAUGCUUGCAAGUUUAUACAUGAACGCAAACGGUCGGGUGGCAGAUUCCUUUCACUGGGCUCAUGCUACCGCUGUCAAGUGCGAGGCGCUCGCGAGAAGAGGGGUCCUCUGCACAGAUGACACCGAACGCUACUCGGACACCUUUCGCAGGCUGUUCUGGGUAUCGCUGAUCUACGAGGGCGACUUCGUGUCGGAGAUAUCCAUCACCUUGCCGUCCGGCAUAGCGAGAUACGAGGACGUGGUGCCAUAUCCGGCCCCGGAAACGCCCAAGCACCACGGAGACUACUACUACCACCGCCACGCCGCCACGACGACGGUCCCGACACCAGACGCCGACGCCGACGCCCCGAGCCCUGCCUCGACGUCCUUCUACCGGACCGAGGAGCUCGUCGCGUUCCAGAUCAGCACCAACGCCGCCAUCCGGCGGUUCCUGAACCGCGUCAACAGCGUCGUCUACGACAGCAAGGACCAGUUCCGCAUGACCCGCGCCAGCUACGCCGACUGGCUGCUGCGCAUCACCGCGGACCUGUGGUCCUACCACGGCGCCCUCUACCGCAACCUGCCCGACUUCCUGCUGACGAGCCAGCCGAGGAGGAGGCCCCCCGGCCCCCCCGACCACGAGGGUGUCUCGAGCUCGUCGCCGGCGGCGGCGGCGGUGACGACGCCGGGCAUCAUCCGGGUCGAGGAGCUCGGCAACAACCCGUGGAACGUGCUGCGCCUCAAGGGCCGGUACUACGCCGGGCAGUACAUCAUCCACCGUCCCUUCAUCGAGUACGUGAUGCUCAACGUGGCGCACUUUGAGACCCAUCCGUGCAAGGGGGCGAUCCUGGAGAGGUGUAGAAUGUGUCUGGAGGGUUGCAAGGGAUUCAUCAACGUUUUCGACAUCGACCCGGCCAACAGUAUGACGGGCCUUUUUGCAACCGGCAUGGUGACAUUCACAAUGGUUGUCAUCUUGCGCGUGGCGACCAUGUGCGGCGUCUUCCGGGAGGUUCUGCCUCCGGAUAUCGAACAGGCCAUGUUUGUUGGCACGCGGAACCUGCGGCGGUUCAGCAUCAGCGUGAGAGAGUUUGAGUGGCAUCUGGGAGUCCUGGACAGGCUCGAAGCGGCCUGCAAGAACAGGAUGGCGGCGGCGUAGCCCGAGGGGUCGCAAAACAAAACAUUUGUCGUGGAUCAUUUCAUCAGAUCUCAAAGCCGCUUACGGCUCUAAGAUUUCUCAAAAGUGAAGAAGAGGAUAUGAUAUAGUGACACUGUCUGGGAAAGUUGAUAAUAACCUUGAUUCAAGCAAGUCUACAAGAGUCCCCCCGAGUAACAAUAACGCCGAUUGUAUGCAGCACACAAAAUGCCUCGUCUCCCGAAAGAACAGAAAAAAGGAAGAGAAAAACAACAACCACGCUUUACGAAGCAACAGCGACAGGCGUCCCGCCGGCCUGUGCAAGCGUCUUCCUCUUCUUCUCGUCCGGCGCCAGCUCGAACACCCCGACGCCAGAGACCGUCUCCUUGGGCCCGGCGCCCCCCUCCCUCUCGGCCUCGGACGGGAUCACCUUGCCCUCCAGCCUCUCGUCCCCGGGCCGCAUGGGCGCGUACAGGCUCAGCAGCUCGUUCAGCCUCCCGCGCCGCACGCAGUUCUCGAACUUCCAGCUGGCGGCCAGCUCGUCGAGCUCCGCGAGCGUCUUGCCGCGGAAGCAGUCGGCCCACUCGGGGAUCA